AGUUUUCCACCUGAAUUCUUCAAACUGGCACACACAUUAUUGAAGUGAGUGAGUAGAGUGUGAAAUAUCCUUUUGCUCCAUUAGUUACGGUUCCAGAGUUUUGAUAGCUAAGUGUUCCGUCAAAAUUUGCGGUCGUCAUUACAGAGUGUACUAUAGAUAGCAUGUCGUUGAAUAUUUUGGUCCCACUAUUCAUUUUCAUGAAUGUUUGUGGUAUAAAUUGUCAAAUAUAUUAUUAUUCAUCGAAGGAAAACCUUUUUUCUCCAAUUCUUGGAGAUAAUUGGAUCGCGAAGGGUUAUUUCAAUGACAGUAUAAACAGAACAGGUUUCGGUAAUCUAGAAAUUGAAACAAACGCCUUCUAUAGUGCCGAAACUCAAGCUUUCCACGCAGGUUACUUGGAAGGAAAGCUAACUAGAAACUUGAUCUACAGUCAUUGGUUCAAUGUGGUUGGACCCUUCUGCAAAUCUCACAACUGCUCUCUUAUCAAGGGAUUCUUGAGGGAGAAUAGGUUAUGGACGACAUGGAACUCAUCCCGCGAUUCUUACUGGUACCAGUUGAAACUCAUCCACUUUCAACUAGCAGGAAUAACAUUGGCAUACAAUAAAAAACGCCCAGAUCACCUUCCAAAGUUGCUUGUUGAUGAUAUUUGGAUGAUGAAUCUCUUCUAUGAGUUGCCAGAUAUACAGAGUAUCAUCUAUUCAAAUACAACAGAAACCGGACCGUCAACAACUGGAGAUUCCGAUCAUUGUUCUGCGCUCAUCAAAUUAAUGCCAGGGAACAAAGAUGUUUAUUUUGGACAAAAUACCUGGAUUCAAUACAGUGCAAUGUUGAGAAUACUGAAAAAGUACGUUUUUCCGUACUCGAUUUCUAAAAAUGACACAACUAUAGUUCCAGGAUCUCAAGUUAGCAUGUCAUCCUAUCCUGGAGUGGUAUGGUCUGUCGACGAUUUCUACCUGACAUCAUCUGGGUUAGCGGUCACUGAAACAACAAACACAGUCCACAACAAAGCGCUGUUUAAAGAAAUUACAAGUGAUAUUGGGAAGAUUGUCUGGCAAGGUUUGCGAGCUAUGAUUGCCAACAGACUGGCGACAGAUGGUGAAACCUGGCAUGAGGUGUUUUCUCGAUUCAACAGUGGUACCAGCAACAAUCAAUGGAUGGUUUUCGACUACAAUAAACUCAAACCAGGUGAAAAACUACCAGCGGGGGCGUUGUGGAUCAGUGAACAGAUGCCUGGGAAGAUAGUUAGGAUGGACGUCACAGACGUACUGAAUGAGAGAGGGUACUGGAGUAGCUACAAUGUUCCAUACACUGAAGAGAUACGUAGGAUUGGUGGUUAUAAUGAGAAGAUGUUAGGUCCCGAUGGACCAUGGUACUCCUACACUGAAACCCCCAGAGCGAAGAUUUUCAAACGUGAUCAUGAAACAGUUACCGAUAUGGAAAGUUUUAUGAAACUGAUGAGAUCCAACGAUUUCAGGAACGAUUCUCUGGCAGUUUGUAACUGUCUUCCGGCCUACAGUGGUAGAGGAGCAAUAGCUGGUAGGGAGGAUUUGAAUCCGGAGGAUGGUGUUGGAGUGAACAAGCGUUCGGCGCAUGGCGCAAUCGACGCCAAGUUGACUAAUCGCGAAUUGUUGGCGAAACUGCAGUUUGUGGCUGUGGCUGGGCCCACAACUGGCACCUAUAACCAAUUGCCUGUUUUCAGAUGGAGUGACAGCAGCUUCUCCCAUCUUCCUCACAUGUCUCACCCGGAUGUGUUCAACUUUGAGCCUUUCCUGAUGGAGUGGUCCCUCUAGUAGACAAACUAUCAUAAAUCACUAAAUCCACCCUCCCCAAAUCGUUAAUCACUAAGUCAGUAGCUGAUUCUGUUUUACCUCAAAGUCAGUUACAUACACACAUCGAUUUUUCGACGUACGAUCAGAUUAAACAGAUGAUAUUUCACAUUUCAUUUUAUUUAUUUUCACAUUUAACAACACACACAUCAAAUACAUGAUUAGAAAAGGAUCAACAGGUCUAGCCCAAAACUGUUUCCUUUCCAAAUUUUUAUAUUUGUCAAGUUCCGUUUAAUCUGCUAGAAUUCAUAAGGAAAGCAAAAAAUUGAACGUUCAAAAAUCGAUGUGUGUAUGUAACCAGCUUUACUCUAUUUGAAAGUUUUUGCUUGAGAAUAAAAUUGAAACUGAAGGCCUUAAUCGAUAAAUUGAUUCAGUGUAUAGUAAACCUAGUUAAGAAAAAAUGAAACCUAGAUGAAUUGAGAAAAGAAAGAUCUGACAGAAUGAAAAGGUGAUGGGAAUAAAAGAAGAGAAUUGAAGCGAAUAAACAAAGAAAGAGACUACAGUGAUUCUUGUGGUCAUAAAAUCUAAAAAAAAACUAGUUAUCAUUCUCAUUGCAGCUGGCUCUUAUAGUGAGUUAAUCGAAUUAUACCAAAAUAAUACAGGCCUAAAGACAGACGUUUGCAGACAGACUGAGGAAAAAUUUUCUCCAGGUGUUCGAGUGUUGCAACCAAUGAUCUAUAUAUACUAAGAGUUAUUAUAUUAUUUAGUAUAUAAUUAUAGAUCAUUGGUUGCAACUUACAAAGACGACCGUCUGUCUGCUUAUUCUUCUCACCUCUUUAUGCAGACAUUUGAUUUUUUCUUCGUCCAUCUGUUGCUAUGUGCGUAAUAUUCUAAGUACCUAAUUCUUACUUACACUACAACUGAUUCCAAUAAAAUUAUCCACAGUUUUA